AUGCGGGGGCCGGGGCAGGUUUCCGACAAGCGGCGGAAGAGGGAGGGAGCGGGCGCGGAGGGGCUGCCUCCCCGCACGGCGCCCGUCCCCUACGGAGCGGGGUACGUGGUGGGGCAGGUGGCGGACAGCCUCUGGCCCGGUGCGGCGCCCGCCGCGCCGCUCGCGCGCCUCUUCAGCGCCGCCGCCGCCGCCCCGCCGGUGCUGGUGGCAGUGACGGGGGAAAAUAAGAAAAGAAAGCAUACAGAAGAAGUGGAGAAAGUGUCAGAAGACCAGAGCUCGUCUGUCAUACAAGAACCUCCUAUAAAACCAAAGAAAGCCAGAAAGAAGGAACUUUCAAAGGCAGAGAAAAAAAUGGCAAACAGAGAGAGCGCUUUGGAGCGGGCAGAUGAAGAGGAGGAGCAAAAACUGUUUGAAAACAAAGAGAAGCAAAAAAAAAGGGCUUCUCAUGCCAUCACCAAAAGUGUUGUUAAUUCAGAUACAGGCACUACUGUAAAACAACAAAAGGGAAAAAAGGUGGCUGACGAAAUGGUAAACAGAAGAACAGUGUUUGUUGGAAACUUGCCUGUCGACUGUACUGUUCAGGCACUGAAAUCUCUUUUUAAAGAGUAUGGACAAAUAAAAUCCAUUCGAUUCCGGUCUUUGGUUCCAGCAGAAGAUACUUUAUCCAAAAAGUUAGCAGCAAUAAAGCAUAAGGUGCACCCUAAUGCGAAGUUCGUUAACGCUUAUGUUGUAUUUAAGGAAGAAUGUGAUGCCAUUAAGGCUUUAAAGGAAAAUGGAACAGAAAUUGCUAGUGGAUUUCACAUCAGAGUUGACAUUGCAUCAAAAACUGGUUCGCAUGACAAUAAACGAUCUGUAUUCUUGGGAAAUCUCUCGUAUGACAUCAGUGACGAUGCUGUGCGAGAACACUUUUCUGUCUGUGGAGGUGUAGUAGCCGUGCGAAUUGUGAGAGACAGAAAGACCGGUUUGGGUAAAGGCUUCGGCUACGUUCUCUUUGAGAAUACGGAUGCUGUGCAUCUUGCUCUGAAACUCAAUGAGACUGUUCUGAUGGGAAGAAAGAUAAGAGUGAAGCGCUGUGGAGAGAAGUGGAAAGCACCACAGAAAAGUCCAGAUCAGUCUCGUGCUCCUAAGGACAGAGUUGACGCCACAUUAAAAAACAAGAGGUGCUCUAAUGAUUCAUUUGUUGGUGAAAAAGCAAUCCCGUUAAAGAAGAGCACUAAACCAAAAAGACUAAAAACUAUUCCUAGAAAUAAAGCUGGGAAAAACAAACAGUCUUUUGAUAAAAAUCAAACGUAUGAAAGCGUCUAGUAUUCUUAUAAAGAUUGAUGUACGCAAGAGCGUUGUGUCAUAAAUUUUGCUUGCUAAUACAGCUGUAGUCGUUCUCCGCAUUCACUCUGGGGUUUUUGGCUUCUCCCAGGUGGCCGUACGAGGUACGUGUCCCUACCCCGGUCACAGGGCAGGCACCGCGUGCUUUUGUCACCGUGUCGCAGGAAUGCAUCUCCCGGUGAGGUCUUGCUGCAGAGGUUAACUGCAUUCUUUCUUCCGGCGUUGUUGCAGCAUCGCUCAAAAUGACGGCAGAAGAGGCGGCGCCUGCGCAGACUUCACGCCCGUGACGAUACGCAAAUCAUUACCUAGCUAAUUUGUUAACUGCUGGUCUUUUGGGUGACGGAAAGCCGGCGUUACGGCUAAGCUAGCCUUUCCCGGCCUUGCAGCAGGCGGGUCUCUCCCGGCCGGGCCCGGUGCUUCCCGAGGGCCGAGCGCCUCGUGUGCCCUCCCCGGGGGCCUGCCCCGCCUUCGCGGGUUACCCCAG